AUGGCAACGAAAAAUGAGUUGCAACAGAAAUUAAAAUCAACUGGCUACGAUAUCAGUCCAUAUGCUUCGAAAGAUACUUUAUCGAUCAUGUUACGUUUACAUGCACAGGCAUUAGAGAAAGGAAUCGAUGUACCAGAAUUAAAUGAUAUGGAUCUACGAAAAAGUUUAAAAGCAUACGAUAUUCAUAUUGGACCGGUGAUAAACCUUACACGGACUAUCUAUCAACGAAAAUUGCUUGAAGUUAUUACUAAGGAAACAACUGAAGGACACGAUGAUGAUAUGGAAAUUGAUGAUUAUUCAUCAUAUAACAAUACUCAAAAUCUUCCGGUGAGAGAUAGAAUUCAAACAAGAAGUGAAAAAAGUGUUUUUUACGAUUGUGAAUAA